AUGGAGGAGUACAUGGUGCUGGUGGAGGGCCUGGCGGCGGAGGGCAACGUGCGCGCGCAGAAGACGGCGUGGAAGUGGGAGGUGCGCAAGCAGGUGUGGAACUACCUGGAGGACAACGACCUGGCCGACUUCCCCCGGCCAGUGCACCACCGCAUCCCGAACUUCAAGGGGUCGCGGGAGGCGGGCCAGCGGCUGGCCACACUGCCGGAGUUCAAGGACGCGACGGUGGUGAAGGUGAACCCGGACACGCCGCAAAAGAGCGUUCGGGUGGCCGCUCUGGAGGCGGGCAAGGUACUCUACGUGCCACAGCCUCGCCUCAGGACGGGCUUCUUCUCGCGCCUCAUGCCAGGGACGGUGCCCCCCGAGAAGUUCAAUUUUGCGGCCACACCCGGCGGCAUGAAGCAGCUGGCGGAGCCGCUCGGCCUGGACGACCGCACGAAGAUCGAUAUCGUUGUCGUUGGUUCUUCGGCCGUCAACCCGGUUAACGGCGCGCGCAUCGGCAAGGGCGAGGGUUUCGCUGAGCUCGAGUACGGCAUGCUGCGGGCGCUGGGAUGCAUCGACGAGAACACCCCAGUCAUCACGUCCGUGCACGACAGCCAAGUCAUCUCGGAGAAGAUGCCUCCAGAGGGCAAGGGCAUGAUGAAGCACGACGUGCCAGUAGACAUCAUCGUGACCCCUACGAGGGUGAUCCGUGUGCCCACGCAGACGAGGUUCCCAAAGCCCGAGGGCAUCUACUGGGACCUCUUGUCACGGGAAAAGCUGUCCAAGAUUCGCGUGCUGCAGAAGCUGAAGGCCCUCGUGGAGCAGGAGACGGGCCGCGAGCUGAAACUCGCCGAGCAGGAGGAGGCCCUGCCUCCGCUCGCCAAGCGCGGCCAGCAAGGCCGAGGCGGCAAUCGGCUGGCGGCCCCCGGCCGACCAAAGGGCAAGCGGCUGCCGACAGGCCAGGAGGAGACGCCCGCAGCUGCUCGGAGAAGAGCAACUGCCUAA